AUGCCGAUUCCAGAUAUUAACUACAAUUCUCUGUUGUUAAGGGAACAUCAACUGUACAAUAGUUUGCGCCAGCAUGCCAAAAUACCACUUGAGUCUCCGAGGUUGGGAUUUAAGCCAAGCCAUAUUUAUGGGCUGGGUUCGUUCAACUACGAACUUAUCGAAAACGAAGGACAGCACCUAAACUGCUCUGAGAUCCGCAAAUUAUCCCAAUGUCUCUUGGUUGCAUUUAUCUUCAUGGCCAUUCUAGGCACCACUGUUUUGUUUGGUAUGAGAAUAUUCAAAGUCGAAUCCUUAAAGGGGUAUAAACGACUUCAACAUCAAGCUCAGACGGUUAGGACUAUAAACUCAUGGGUCAACGAGAACACUAAUCGUUUCAACCUUGCAAAUGAAGUGCCGCCCUCUCUGUCCAAUACACCGUCCACAGUCGCUGAUAGCUCUCCAAAUGGCUCCCCUGCGUUGUCUCCGAUCAUGAUUCCUCAAGUUAAUCAAGUGAGAAAGCACAGCGAUCUUUACUUGUAUGAUUUUGCCGCCCAGCGAGUAUAA